AUGGGCAUCGGCCACCUUGGUCAAAUGCCCUGGCAAGGCUUGCGCAAAGAAAUGAAGUACUUUGCACGUGUGACGACUAGACUGCCACCACAGGUCUCUUCACCAUCACUCAAUGCAGUCAUAAUGGGUCGUAAAACUUGGGACUCAAUCCCCACCAAAUUCCGGCCUCUAAAAGACCGCCUCAACAUCGUCAUAAGCCGCUCCGCGCCCUCAAACAUCCCCGACAAAGUUGAACCGUCCGAGCCCGUGAGAGUCCAGUCACUUGAGCUCGCACUGCAGUACGCUCGUGCUCGCAGUGACAUCGGCCGCAUCUUUGUCAUGGGCGGUGCGCAGAUCUACGACGCUGCGCUCAAGCUACCCGAGGCGCGACGUAUCUUGCUCACAAGCAUCGAACGGGAUUUUAUUUGCGAUACUUUCUUCCCUGUGGAACUGAAGAGUGGAAAGUGGGAGAGGAAGUCGAGGGAGGAGUUGCAGGAGUGGACAGGCGAGGAGGUUGAAGAAGGUGGCCAAGAAGAGGCAGGGACACAAUAUGAGUUCCAAAUGUGGGAGAAACAUGACUAG